AUGGAAGAUGAAGAUGAAGAAGAUGAAGAUAACGUGGUUAUCAAAGACAAAGAAACGGAAGAGAAGGUAAUGUGGAAAUGCGAACUCAGACCAUAUAAACAACGUGCCAGUUUCCACACAUUGGAUAAUCUGGAGAAGCAAAGGCUGUAUACCAAGGGUCUUUCGAGUAUCAGUAUUCCGGACCAUGUCGAGACGCGUAAGGCCAGCGACUCGUCUAAGAAAACCCAUUUCAGCAGCUUUUACCCGGGUUCGAAGUUUUUCAUUGAUCGCCCACGACUCAUGACCGUA